GUUCUCGCGCACGAGUGAUGCUCUCGAGCAAUAGUCGUCCUCGCGCGGCACUGCUUCACUUCAGUGUUUACAACAACGUGCUGCUGUGAAGCGGCUUCACUUCAAUAAUGCUUCUUGCAGGUGGUGCACAUUUGCAUAAAUGGAAACGUGUAGUUAGUGUUUCUCUCUGACUCUGUUUCAGAAAAAAGUAUUGUAUCACAUUUUUAUGAGAAUUCAUCGUGAAAAGUCUUUGAAAAUGUCUGAUGCUUGCCCUGAACCUGCAGGAGCUAUCAAGGCCAUUGACAAGCACUCAGUGCAUCAGAUCUGCUCAGGACAGGUGGUGCUGACUUUGGCCACUGCUGUCAAAGAGCUGGUGGAAAACAGCGUUGAUGCAGGGGCUACUAAUAUUGAUGUGAGGCUGAAGGAGUGUGGAGCUGAACUAGUGGAGGUGUCAGAUAAUGGCAAAGGAGUAGAAGAGGCCAACUUUGAGGGAUUGACAUUAAAACAUCACACGUCAAAGCUGAGGGACUUUUCUGAUCUCAUCCACGUGGACACAUUUGGCUUCAGAGGUGAAGCCCUCAGCUCUUUAUGCGCUCUAAGUGAUCUGGGUGUAGUGACAUGUCACGAGUCCAGCCAGGUGGGGACCAAGCUUGUGUUUGACCAUAAAGGCCACAUGGUGCAAAAGUCGCCACAUCCACGUCAGCAAGGCACCACCGUCAGCCUGCAGCAGCUCUUCUAUACUCUGCCUGUCCGACACAAGGAGUUUCAACGCAACAUCAAAAAGGAGUAUGCCAAAAUGAUACAUGUUCUGCAGUCCUACUGUAUCAUCUCUACAGGAGUGCGUAUUACCUGCUCCACAAACGGGCAGGGAAAGCGCAGCACAGUGCUCAGCACCAGCGGCAGCCAGAGUAUGAGAGACAACAUAGGGGCGAUAUUUGGACCAAAACAGCUACAGAGUCUGCUGCCUUUUCAACAAGUUUCUCCUUCAGAAAACAUCAUCGAGGAAUACGGUCUUAAAGAGGCAGAUAUACCCAAACAGCUUUUUACCCUCACAGGAUUCAUUUGUCGAGGAGACCAUGGGGCUGGGAGGAGCGCCACAGACAGGCAGUUCUUUUUUAUUAACAACCGGCCAUGUGAUCCCCUCAAGGUGACCAAAGUGGUGAAUGAAGUGUAUCACAUGUAUAACAGGCACCAGUAUCCAUUUGUCGCCUUGAACAUAGCUGUUGCCUCUGAGUGUGUGGAUGUGAACGUAACCCCAGACAAACGACAGAUCUUCCUUCAGGAGGAAAAACUCCUGCUGGCUAUUAUAAAGACUUCUCUCAUCAACAUGUUUGAGGCUGGAGUCAAUAAGAUCAGCCUGAACUGUACACGUCUGCCUGGGACAAAAACAUCUCUUUCGUCUGACGUUGCCAAAUCAGAAGAAAACAUGCCAGAAUCUGGAGCCGACAUGAAGCCAACGAUUCAGAAUCCAAAGUCAUCCAUAAAUCUUGCUGGACUCAAAGCUGCUUUCUCAAGUCAUCACAGCUCAAGUUUUGGAAACAAGUCAACUACUACGAAAGCUACCAGCGGUGGCCCAGCACAGAAAACGCUACAGUCUUUUUUCAAAGGCUCUGUCAAACCUUCUACCUGCAGUUCAAUUUCAAAAUCUCCUGUGAGAUCCACCAGAGAUGUGGGUAAAUGCUCAACGGCAGAAAAGUCUGCGCUGGAUGGGUUCAGGUACGGAAGGAUGUUAGGCAAUGAUGCAGACUUUGAUAACGACGGGGCUGUGUCGAUUAGCGAUAUAUCAACACCAGAUAUUGAGUCGCCUGAACUGCACACAGACAAACCCAUUGUAGAAAACAAAACGCUUGAAGAAACAUCUGACGAUACUCAAAGUGUUUCUGUAGACCUGGAGUUACAGACUGAGCCGAACACUUCCAACAAAGACUCUUCCAUGAGCCCAGAUUCCAAAAGAGCCAAGAAAGAUGAACCACAUUUCUCUGUAGAACCACAAUCAAACACUUUAUCACGUUGUUUUAAGAGAUCCUCCUCCACUGUGGAUGCUCCAGUCUCCCAACAGAGAAGGACAGUGCCUCUCCAGUUUUCUUUUCAGGAGCUAGCAGGAAAGCUGAAGAGAUUACAGGACCAUCAGAAACGGAUGAGUGGGGAAAAUCUGCGCUAUCGACGCUUCAGGGCCAAGAUCAACCCCGGAGAAAACCAAAGUGCAGAGGAGGAGCUCAAGAAAGAGAUCAGUAAGAACAUGUUCAAACAGAUGGAGAUCAUCGGUCAGUUUAACCUCGGCUUCAUUAUCACCAAACUCAACUCAGACAUCUUCAUGAUUGACCAGCAUGCAACAGAUGAGAAAUACAACUUUGAGAUGCUGCAGCAGCACACUGUGCUUCAAGGGCAGAAGCUCAUCAUCCCUCAGAAGCUACACCUCACAGCCAUCAGCGAAAAUGUGCUCAUGGAGAAUGUUGACAUUUUCAGGAAGAAUGGCUUUGAAUUUCUCAUUGAUGAAGACGCUCAGGUGAUGGAGCGGGUCAAGCUGGUUUCUCUGCCCACCAGUAAAAACUGGACAUUUGGCCCGGCUGACAUUGAAGAGCUUAUCUUCAUGUUGACUGACAGUCCAGGGGUCAUGUGUCGACCAUCCCGCGUCAGACAGAUGUUCGCUUCUAGAGCCUGUCGAAAAUCUGUGAUGAUUGGCACUGCUCUGAGUGCUAGUGAGAUGAAGAAGCUUCUGCUUCACAUGGCAGAGAUUGAGCACCCAUGGAACUGUCCUCACGGCAGGCCCACCAUGAGACACCUUGCCAACCUCGACAUGAUCUCUCCAGACUGACCUCGUCAAGGAGGGACGUGCCAAAAAUACUCCUUUACACUGUAUUAUUAUAAUUAGAAUGUGCUUUGAUUGUAGUUCAUUUUUGUUAAACAUCAUCCACGCAUUGUGCAAUGACUGAUGCACUUACUGAGAUACUGUAUAUACAAUAUUGUAUUGAUCGAACGCUUAGCAAUGAUUGUUAGGCAUUUAUUUUCAUAAUAUCUGUUCUGAUCGGCUAAGUUCUGAUUUGCAUUUUGCAUCAUGAAAAUGAUCGUUGUUUUUGUUUUUACUUUCACACAUAGUAACUGUAAAUAAUAAACAAUAUAUAUUUCUAA